AUGCUGGAACCGAUCAAUUGCCAACACAAGCAAAAACAAAGUGUUAAUCUAACGCCAAUUUCAGGGUACCAAAUACCUGCAACAAAAAUUAGCCUUGGUAGUGUGAAUGGUACAACUUCACAAGGUGUCGUUUCCCUUGGACUUGGGUCACGAGUUUCUCCCUUAAAAACUACGUCAUUGCCAAGAUUGGAAUUGUAUGCAGCUCUUUUGUUGGCGAAACUAUACAGCGCCACUGUAAAAUCUUUGCAAUUGCAAUUUUCAAAAAUCUAUUUUUGGUCUGAUUCCACAAUUGCCCUCAAUUGGUUAAAUACGCAUCCACAUACACUAAAAACGUUUGAAGCCAAUCGGGUAGCCGAAAUACAAGAAAAAACCGAAGGUCAUGAGUGGCGACACGUACCUACUCAUGACAAUCCUGCUGACUUGAUUUCUCGUGGUCAAGGACCUCAGGAGUUUUUAAACAAUAAGUUUUGGUCCCACGGUCCUAACUGGCUUAGCAAAAAAGAUGAUGCAUGGCCUCAAUUAAACAUAAAAAAUCAUGAAAGAUCGGAAGUCCGCGAAUGUCCACCAAUGACGUCAUUAAAAAUCACACUACUAGGAACAAAUAUCUUGGAAAGGGUCAGUAGCUUUAAAAAACUGCAGUCCAUAAUCGCGUACUGUUUUCGAUUUUUCAAUAAUCUCAAAAACAAGGCUGAAUUAACGAGAAAAUCAGGUAGACUUUCACAAACGGAACUUGAUGCGGCAUCACAGGCGAUUAUUAAAUUAACUCAAGCCGAAGAGUUUCCGAAAGAAUUGCGUGCUUUAGCGCGUAAUCAAUGUGUCGAUCUAAAGAGUCCUCUUGUUCGAUUAAACCCAUUUUUAGAUCACGGUGUUUUAAGAGUGGUGGGUAGACUCGUUCACUCGAACAUUCCUGAUUCGAAAAAGCACCCAAUCGUUCUUCCAAGAAAUCAUAAUAUCACGACAAUAAUCAUUCACGAUGAACACAUAAAACGUUUUCAUGCCGGACAUCACGCAACUCUAUACGGAGUUCGUGAAACGUAUUGGCCCGUUGAUGGUCGUAAUAUGAUGAGAAACAUCAUUAGACAAUGCGUAACAUGCUUUCGCGCAAAACCUCGUGAGACGAAUUAUUUGAUGGGAAAUUUACCCAAAGAUCGCGUUUCUUUUACAAGACCCUUUGAGCAUGUGGGAGUAGAUUAUUGUGGACCGUUUUUUGUUAAAGAAAAUCGCCACAGAAAUCGUACCAAGGUAAAAACGUAUAUCUCGAUUUUCGUCUGCUUAGCGACAAAGGCAGUGCACUUAGAAAUCGCAAGUGAUUUAACGAGAGAGGCCUUUAUUGCUUGUCUGUCUCGUUUUUUCUCCCGCAGAGGUUUUCCUAGUUCAAUUUCGUCUGACAAUGCUGCCAAUUUUGUUGGGGCAAAUAAUGAAUUAAGGAAUCUCUGUAAACAAAUCGCGUCACUAGAACAAAAUGAAGGGGUACAAAACUACUUGACUAAAAAGGGAAUAACAUGGAAUUUUAUACCCCCUAGAGCUCCACACUUCGGUGGUCUUUGGGAAGCGUCAAUAAAAUCCUUUAAACUUCAUUUUACACGGCAUAAUUUUCUGAAGGAUUUCAACGACUCUUGUGCUAUAAUGGCGCAUGGAAAGGGGCCCGCAGAUGGAAUAGGAAUGGGAAAGAAACGUGCUUGUGAUGAAUCAAUGAGAUUUGGAGAAGACAUUUCCGAUUUUUAA